CGCUCGACGCGCGCUGCCUGGCGCCGCCGCUCUGGCUGCUGGGUCGGGGCGCUGCGCCGCGGCCUGCCCCCGCUCCUGCCCGCAGAGUUCGGCGGCGGCCCCGGGAGCUUCCCGCGCCCCGAGGGCAGGGCAGGGCACGGGGGGCUGCUCCGUGAGCUUCAGCUCCCACGCGCCGCGCCGGACCCCGCUCGGGCCGCUGCAGCCAUGACCACGGAGGACGAGAUCAUCCGCAUCGCCAAGAAGAUGGACAAGAUGGUGCAGAAGAAGAACGCGGCUGGAGCUCUUGAUUUAUUGAAGGAGCUUAAGAAUAUUCCCAUGACCCUUGAGUUGUUGCAGUCUACCAGAAUUGGAAUGUCAGUGAAUGCGAUACGCAAGCAAAGCACAGAUGAAGAAGUUACAUCUUUAGCAAAGUCUCUUAUCAAGUCUUGGAAGAAACUGUUAGAUGGACCUUCAACUGAUAAAGAUUCUGAGGACAAGAAAAAGGAGCCUGCAUCUUCCUCACAAAACAGCCCUGAAGCAAGAGAAGAAAGCAGUUCAAGUAGCAAUUCCAGCAGCAGGAAGGAGGAGGGUAGUGCUCCCUCAAAUUCUUUCAUCCCUUCUUUUCCCCGGGCUCCAAGCACUUCGGAUUCUGUGCGAGUGAAAUGUAGAGAAAUGCUCUCUGCAGCUCUCAGAACAGGAGAUGAUUACAUUGCUAUUGGUGCUGAUGAGGAAGAGCUGGGUUCUCAGAUUGAAGAAGCUAUUUUUCAAGAAUUAAAAAACACUGAUAUGAAAUACAAAAAUAGGGUACGAAGUAGGAUAGCAAAUCUCAAGGAUGCAAAGAAUCCUAACCUAAGGAAAAAUGUGUUAUGUGGGAACAUUCCUCCUGACAAGUUUGCCAAAAUGACAGCAGAGGAAAUGGCAAGUGAUGAGCUGAAAGAAAUGCGCAAAAAUCUGACCAAAGAAGCAAUCAGAGAGCACCAGAUGGCUAAAACAGGAGGUACCCAAACUGAUCUGUUUACAUGUGGCAAGUGCAAAAAGAAGAACUGUACAUACACCCAGGUUCAAACCCGCAGUGCUGAUGAACCCAUGACAACGUUUGUUGUCUGUAAUGAAUGUGGAAACAGAUGGAAGGUAAGACUGUUAGACUGCUCUGCGUAUUUGAUAGCAGACAGCCAGGCUCUGUGCUUAAUUUUGGUGUACAGUAAAUGACAAAUGAGUUUCUGUUGACUUUUGGUUACUUCUUAGUCCAUUAAUAACAUUACGUGCUGAUAUUGCAAAAUAGCUUUAGGUUGGAAAAAUAUUUUUGACUGAAGGUGUGAGAUCACACAAGUAGGGCAGUGGCAAAGGCAGAGAGAAGUCAGGACAUUGACUAGCCCUCGUGAUAUUUAGUUAAAAUACUGCUUUGCCAUACAAGGUAGUGGCAGGUUAGUCACUGGGUUUUCUCUUUCUUUUCACCCAAAGAUAGUCUAAUGAUUUUUAAUCUCUGCUUCAAUGAAUGGAAUAGACCUUUUUAGGCCUUUUGUUGUAGUUUUUUCUUUUUUUUUUCCUACUCUGAAAAGAAGGGGAUAAAAAAAGAGAUGACUGCUGCCAUAUUCAUGUCAGGAUAAGUGUAGGGCAGUGAUAACUUGACUUAAAUUUUUUUUAAAGUUCAGGAAAUGGAAAUUGUAAAAGCUUCUGAGGAACACUGAUAGUCCAAUAAAGCGAAGAAACACUCAAAUGAAGGCCUGUAAAAUAUACAACCUUACAUGUGAUAGCAUGCAAUGUGAAGCAUGAUGUCUUCAUUCCAUUAUUUUUCUGUGUUAAGAAUGCUGCAGCUCUGCAGAACUGUGUUGCACAGCAUACAUUAAGAUUACUGCAUAAAAAAAUUCUGCUAUGCAUCUUGUUUUACAUAUCUUAUUUUACAAAUCUAUGCUCAAAGAUAUCUAAUAAUUUAUAAAGCUUAGAAAUUGUUUGGUGCAUACCUGGAAAAGUUCAUUUGUCCUUAAAACCUUCUGUAAGUUGGCAGUUACAAAAGUGUCCAUAUAAAGAUGCUUGAGUGAAGGAAUGGUUAUGAUAUAAGCAAAUGCUUUAACUAGUAAUUUCCAUAUCCUAAGUAUGGUGUCAUAUUUCUGUUUCUUCUUGCAA